AUGUCCAGCCAAUUCGACCCCAACCUCUACAUCGGUUGUAAAGCCUAUAAUGGCAUAGACACGAGUUAUGGUUAUGUUCCUACGAAAGCCGCCGGUGUUGCAUUUUGCGUGCUCUUUGGAUUGUCAAUGCUCGCUCACAUUGUCCAAUUUGUUUGGACCCGGACGUGGUGGUGUAGUGUAUUUGCAGUAGGAUGCUUUGUUGAACUAUUAGGAUGGGCUGGGCGUAUGUGGAGUGCAGAAUGCCCAUAUAACUCUACCGCCUUCAUGAUUCAGAUAUCAACUCUCAUCAUUGCCCCUGUCUUUUUCACUGCCGGUAUAUACGUACUACUCGGUCGCUACAUUCAAAUUUUUGGCAAGGAGACCUCCUUCCUCACACCGAAGCUCUACCUCUGGAUUUUCUGUACUUGCGACCUCAUUUCGCUCGUCAUCCAGGCCGCGGGUGGCGGAAUAGCUAGCUCUCAAUCCAACGAUCCCCACGGAAACCCCGAUCCAGGCACUCACACCAUGGUCGCCGGUAUCGUCUUCCAGCUGGUCUCGAUCUCAGUCUUUGUGUACUGCACCAUCGACUUCUUUCUACGCAUCAAGCGCCUCGGACAACUUCAGUUGUUCACUCAUGGUCCCCUAGCGGCACUUACGGGUGCGAUGGCGCUGUCCGUCGUUUGCAUUUACAUUCGAAGUAUCUAUCGUACCGUUGAGUUGGCUCAAGGCUGGACUGGAUACUUGAUUACACAUGAGUCUUAUUUCAUUGGUCUUGAUGGUGUUAUGAUGGUGAUUGCAGUUGGCGUAUUCAAUUUGUGCCACCCAGGGUGGCUUUUGCCUUCGAAGAGUGAGGUUGGUCUGCCUCAGUACCGCAAGACUUCCACCAACUCGGACGUUGAGAUGAUACGUCCGCAAGUUUAA